AUGAAAAACCAAGACAUUGUGGGUGGAAAGCAGAUGUCUUGGUUUUUCAGAGACCUAGAGAGGAAGAAAUUGUUUUGUGCGGAAAAGUGCAAGAGCAUAUAUGCUCGCCUUGAUGAAUUGUUGGAAAAAACAUUUAUGGUUGGCGACAAUAAUUUAAGUUGGGCUAUUUUAAACAAUGAGGAAAAUGUGAUUAAUGUCAAGACAACCACAAAGCUAAAUGAGGCUCUUAUUGUGAUGCAUGAAUGUUUUCAGUCUGUAAAAGAACCUUGGAAUGGGAAGGAUGUUGCUGAAAAUGUAAUCUUUAGCAGGCCAUCGAAGGUGAAACGAUUAGAUUAUCGAGGCUUUUAUGUUGUGAUCUUGGAGAAAACGGCUGAAGUUCUCACAGUUGCAACUAUAAGAAUUUUUGGAGACAAAGUGGCAGAAGUACCCCCUUAUUGCUAUGCGAUUUCAGUAUAG